CGUUUUGAACAAAUUUUUAAUGAAAUCUGGCAAAAACCCUAAAAAAGGGAUAGACAGAAGUUUUAGGGCCUGUCAGGAUAAACUCCUUGACAUGCUUGGCCCACUGUCAAAAAUUCUUGAUUUGGUGGAGGAAUCCUCUGUCACUCAGAGACCCGUUGAUACGGAAGUUUUAAAAGGAUGGGCUCAACGGGCAGUAUGCUUUCUUGGCAAUGCCAACGUAGCCCUAUCCACUGAGCGGAAACGCUCCAUCCUUAUGAGGAUUGACCCCCAAUUGACUAAUUUGGCCUCAAAUGAACCCCCUAAACCCACAGAAGGCCUUUUAUUUGGGGAAGAAUUUAUUCAUGAAAUGAACAAAUAUGUGGGAUUAUUUUCUUCCAUUAAUAAAGCACAGUCAAAUUUAAAAAAGGUUUUCUCUAAUCGAGUUUUUGGAAGGGCCGGAAAGGGAAGGAGCCGCUUUUCCGGCCGUUCUCAACCAUUCAGACAUUCUUCAAGAGGCUCCUUCCCUUCAUAUCAACAGUCCUAUCAGCAUUCCUAUCAACCACCCUAUGGACCACCAACUUCCAACCCCUCUCCAUUCUUCCCAUACCGAGCCCGACCCUGGAGGGCUAGAGGCCAACGUGGAGUGCCAAGAGCAAGACCUUCAGCUUCAGCUGUUUGACACAAUCAAC